GAAACUUAUAUUUCUGUUUGAUUAGGUGUCUACAGUCCAUCAGUGGGACAGGGGAUUGUAUGUAUAUUGCUUGAUUGUUCUACCCCUGUUCCCACUCUCCCUACCCCCCUGUAUUCUGUGAACACCGACACCUCUCAAGUACCGCAUCAGUUCCGACUGAUGUCGAUAGAACAGGACAACGGGGCACUGCCACGGCGUAGUGCCAGAAUCGCAGUUCGUGCCCGCCCUGCGGUACCUCCAAGACCCAAGAGAUUCAGCAGACGGACGACUCCAGCGGCAUCAAGUACGACAUUGACAGUACAAGACACCACCGGAGAUCUUCCCGCAUGCCCGGUCCAAGAGGCCAACGAGCCUUUGGCUGACUAUCGUGGGCGGCUACAAGCAUUUACAAACGCCGUAGCCGCCGCCGAGGCUCAGCAGGCUGCGGCAGAGGCAGAACGUCAGCGGCUGGCCAAUGAGGCGGCAGCCGAAGCUCAGCGGACAGCUGAGACUGACGAAGCGGCACGAAACAGACGGAAUGCCGCCAACACGGAGUCCCUGAUUGCUAGUGAGCAUAAGUGGACAACGGUACUCCAAGGCAUGAUCUUUGUGCCUACGGAAACGCAGGCGGAGCCGACACAGGCGGAGGCAGAGAGAAGUAACCUGGCUACCGUGAUGUUGAACGUAAUGAGGGGAGUAAUGUGGAACAACAAACUACUGCAGGCACACCUACACGCGGAACGACAGCAAAAACAGCAGUACCAACAAGACCUGGCCGCUGUAACGGUCGGCGUCCGCGAUGCAGCAAUGCAGCAGCAGCAACAGCAACAGCUGAUGAACUCUACCAUCUUACGCAUCAACGACAUUGAGGCCAAGGCCUCAGCAGCGCCAAGCUGCACGACGGACGCGACGAAGCAAAUCAAGGAACGCAUCGAUCACCACAAGUGCACCAUCGCCGAACUCCACACGCACAUCACGUGGAAGGAGUUUGAGCAGCUAUGGUUCACCCGGUUCAUGGUCCGCAACGUCGUGAAGGCGGCCAUGAAUGAAAUGUACAUAUGCUCUCAGGGGAACAUGCCAACUCGAGACUGGACAACGAAGUGGCAAAAGAUAGGGACCACACCAGGCUUCGACUUGACGUUUCCAAAUCAACGAUCCGAGUUCUUCUCGCGAUCAUGCGCGGGAUUGCGGUCGGCACUCGGUAAUGAGUACGACUAUACCACAUUCCAGGGCAUUCCGGAUCGAGCGAACUUGGUCAUCCAAACGGACGACAAGGCCGCUAACGAGAGACAAUCCCAGCCGCAUUAUGUGGCUAAGCAGGCCUAUCAACGUCCGGCACAUAACAAUGCCGUGAUUUCUGAGGAAACCGACGACCACCACGCUGCAGCAGCAUCCUCGGUUCAUGGCCGACCUGUAACGCAGGCUCCCUCUGCUGCUCCUCAUCGUUGUGCUGCUUCUGGUGGUCCCUCUGCUGCUCCUCUGCGCUGUGCUGCUUCUCGUUGAAGUAGUUAUCCAUGGCAUCAUCGCAUUGUCGAAGGUCUUCCCAUGUCCCCCCCAUCCUGCGUUUGAUCCACUACCUCGGUGUCGCUCAUGGAAUG